CAUCACCCAACCUUCGCACGAACCUCCACCAAUCCCUCCGAAAUGCUCUACCUGAUAGGACUAGGUCUUUCCAAUGAGAAAGACAUAACCAUUGCUGGUUUAGAAAUCGUCAAAAAGGCCUCGCGCGUCUACCUAGAGGCCUACACAAGCAUCCUCAUGAUUGGGAAGGACAAACUAGAAGAGUUCUACGGGCGUUCCGUAAUCCUUGCCGAUAGAGUGCUCGUUGAAUCUUCUAGCGACACAAUUCUCUCAGGUGCCGACACGGAUGAUGUAGCUAUCCUGGUCGUCGGUGACCCCUUUGGGGCGACAACACACACGGACCUCCUCCUCCGCGCCCGGGCACUCGGGAUCCCACACCGUACAAUCCACAAUGCCAGUAUCAUGAAUGCCAUAGGGGCAUGUGGACUUCAGCUCUACAACUUUGGCCAAACAGUGAGUAUGGUGUUCUUCACGGAUACUUGGCGACCCUCCAGCUUUUAUGAUCGGGUUCGGGAGAAUAGAGAGAUUGGGCUGCACACACUCCUCCUGUUGGACAUCAAAGUCAAGGAACAAAGCCUGGAGAAUUUGAUUCGUGGAAGAAAAGUGUACGAGAGACCGCGGUACAUGUCCGUGGCAGAAUGUGCUCAACAGAUGCUAGAAAUUGAAAGCGAAAAAGGGGAGGGGGCCUACUCUGAGAACAGCCUUGCUAUCGGAGUUUCCAGGCUUGGAAGCGAGAACCAGCAGUUCAUUUCGGGGACUUUGACGGAGCUGUCUACUGCGGACCUUGGUGCCCCACUGCAUUCCCUUGUUUUGUUGGGAAAGAGGGUACAUGAACUGGAGAUAGAUUAUAUCAGGGAGUUUUCAAUCGAUAAGGAGAGUUUCGAUAGAGCUUUUGCGGCGGAACAUGGGAAGGUUUGAUGUCACUGUUAUCCAGCUUGUCAGUUUAGAUUCAUGAAUUGUGCCCAUGCUUGUACGUACACACAAAGCGGAACUAAAUGCCUUUGUCGAGCUUUCUUGGCUGCAUUGGUUGGUUAUUGAACGGAGAUACCUGUAUAGGGUACAAAUAUUGCGAUAUCAUACUACCCUCCCGAAUCCUUUGGCAAUGUCAAGGCCCGUGCAUAACGCGGCGGACUAUCAAGUUUGCUUUUCGAAACCAACUUAUACCCUUUCAUCCCCACCACCAUCGUCACGAGUAUUCAGCACCAAUCACUCCACCAACUGCCAUACGAUGAGUGAGGAGAGCGAAGCCCUUUCCGAUCCUGAGGAAAACCCGGAAAGAAUGAGCUUCAUGGAUACCCUCAAGGCUUACACUGAAGACUUGGAAGCCCCAAUACCGCCACAUCAAGAAUAUUCACCAACCCCGUCUCAUACUACUUCCUCGUUCUCUGCAAUACAUAGCAACAGUGGAAGCGAUUCCAUAAACACAUCCGACGAGCAAGAGGAGUCGGAGUACCUGGAAGACGGUGAAGGAGAGGGGAAUGGCAGCUUUGAAGAUCUAUCCUCAACCCUAUCUAUCCCCCCAACACCAUCUUCGACAAGCGACUUUUGGAAUCAGUCCCC